AUGUCUACACAGAACAGCAGACCGGCAGGCGUUACGACAGAGACACAGUCUACAGACCCGACAACCAGAGGAUUGGAAGACCUGUUGCGUCGAGCACAAAUACUAAAUGGAGCGCUCAACUCGUGCGCAAGAGAUCUGGGUGCUAACAGCCCGUUGCUUUCCUUCCCUGUUAUGCAGGCUAGACUAACGCAGAUCCAAGAGGAGUUCAAUCGAUUUGUGACGGCCAUGAGUAAACAUGCCCAGCUACUUCAGACUACGGUGGUCACGCCAACCCCGAACUUUCCAGCUCCAUAUCACGCCGGUAUAGUUGAUGUACUGUUCAGGACACUCCACGAUCCUCAAGUCAAUGAUUGGGAGGAUCGCGGAGUCAAAAUGGCCAUAGACAGGGAGAACAGGCAGGACAGAGAGCAGAGAGAUGGUAGGAUGACUACUCUCUCCAAUACAGACCGUGAGCUGUUCUGGCAACAGGCUCAUCGUAUUUUCAAGAGAGAAGGCAACGGCCACGCUUUUCCUGCUGCUGACAACAACGACUUCACCCUCGAAGAAGUCCGAGACGGUAUCGAAAAUGUGAGGCAUGGCCUGAAACGUGAACUUGUCGUCCCUGAUCCUGACGAUUAUGUCUUACCAAUGGAAGAUGAGGACGAGGACGAAAACAGAGGCAUUCUUGGGGAUGAUGCUGACGACGACAGCGAGGGUGAAGACGCCGCCGUUGACGACGAUACCAUGGCUGUCGAUCAGCCUGCAUCGCGUUCUAAAGCAUCUGCAACUUCACAUCUUGCUAAUCUUCCAGACUCCAUGCCAAUCGACAAUGUGCUGAGAUUCAUGACCAAAGGCUGA